GUUAGUUUCAAGCCACGCUAUCAAGCCAUGCCACUCUGAAAUAAGACACUUGUGUCGGACGCAAUCAACACGGCCGAGCUGAACGAUCGUCCCUGGAGUCCUUUCGCGUUUUGCCUUGACCACGUUGAGCUCGAGAAAUCUUAGGGACUGCACCAGAGUUUGGAAGAACUCCUGGAGUAGUGCGGUUGUUCGACAGCCCGGGUCAUCGAAUGUAACGAGGCCACUUAUGCGGAUAAAAACAGCCUUCACGAAGCCAAGUUGUGCUGAUAACUCGUCGCGUAUAGCCCUGCGUUGAAGAGGACACCGAAGGCACAGGAUACUUGUACAUUUCUACCAGCGACUCAAGAUGACAGCCGCCUUCAUAACGAUUUUGUUUGUUGCUGUGUUUUCCCUCAGUGCCUCCGCUACCCGUUCUCCCAAUUGCGCUGAAGUGGCAUGCAACCGGGACAGCUGUUCGCAGUUAGAUUGCUCCUGCGGGACUCACAAGGACCUGUGCGGCUGCUGUGACCUGUGCAACAAGUGCCCGGAUGAGCAGUGCAACUCGUACUUCUUCGACGUGUGCUCAAGGGGCCACGAAUGCACCUUGGACGACCCUUCGACUCGUUUCGAGCAAGGUGGAACGGGACACUGCAAGCCUAGUAACACCACUGCGACUAGCUCGCGCAGGUCCUUGAAGCGGGCGCAUUUAACAGGUCCGAACUGAAGCUGAACGCAUGUAGUUGAUUGCUGGGUUACUUGCUAAGGCAUUGUCGCAGCGGUAGCCCCAAAAUGACACUGGACAAAAUAAAGAGAACCAUAAUGCAAAAUGGUUGUUAGCCGGACUGAUUAUAUUGCGCGGCUGAUAACAGGGCAGCCACGACUCUAAUGAUGUUUUUUUUAUGUGAGUGUGUCUGUGUGGUUCUUAUUUUGUGAUUUUUUUUCUAUAUUCUUUUACUGUGUAUUUUGCCACUGCGCAAUAAACUUUAGGUGGAAGUCAGUACC